AUGAGUGGACUACCGCCCCCACCUCCUGGUUUUGAAGAGGACAGCGACUUAGCACUUCCACCACCACCACCACCACCGCCUGGAUACGAAAUCGAAGAACUGGAUAAUCCGAUGGUGCCAUCAUCGGUAAAUGAGGAUACAUUCCUUCCGCCUCCACCACCUCCUCCAAGCAACUUCGAAAUAAACGCUGAAGAAAUUGUGGACUUCACAUUACCACCGCCACCACCCCCUCCAGGUCUAGAUGAAUUAGAGACUAAAGCAGAAAAGAAAGUAGAAUUACAUGGAAAGAGAAAAUUGGACAUAGGAAAAGAUACUUUCGUCACUCGAAAAUCAAGAAAGCGUGCAAAAAAAAUGACCAAAAAGGCAAAGAGAAGCAAUUUAUAUACUCCUAAAGCCGAGAUGCCACCGGAACAUCUGCGAAAGAUUAUUAAUACUCACAGUGACAUGGCCUCCAAAAUGUACAAUACUGAUAAAAAGGCUUUUCUAGGCGCUCUAAAGUAUUUACCGCACGCGAUUUUAAAAUUGUUAGAGAACAUGCCUCAUCCAUGGGAGCAAGCCAAAGAAGUUAAAGUUUUAUAUCACACUUCAGGAGCCAUAACAUUUGUGAAUGAAACACCAAGAGUAAUAGAGCCUGUAUAUACUGCCCAAUGGUCAGCUACUUGGAUAGCAAUGAGGAGAGAAAAACGAGAUAGAACACAUUUUAAAAGAAUGAGAUUUCCACCUUUCGAUGAUGACGAACCACCUCUGUCAUAUGAACAGCACAUAGAAAAUAUCGAGCCACUGGAUCCUAUAAAUCUUCCCUUAGACUCUCAAGAUGAUGAAUAUGUUAAAGAUUGGCUCUACGAUUCCCGGCCCUUGGAGGAGGAUAGUAAAAAGGUCAAUGGUACAUCUUAUAAAAAGUGGAGUUUUGAUUUACCUGAAAUGUCGAACUUAUAUAGGUUAUCAACGCCACUUAGAGAUGAAGUAACUGACAAAAAUUACUAUUAUCUUUUCGAUAAAAAAUCUUUUUUUAACGGUAAAGCCCUUAAUAACGCAAUCCCUGGAGGUCCUAAAUUUGAACCUUUAUACCCAAGAGAAGAGGAGGAAGAUUAUAACGAAUUCAACUCUAUAGAUAGAGUAAUAUUUAGGGUUCCUAUUAGAAGCGAAUAUAAGGUAGCGUUUCCUCAUCUAUAUAAUUCCCGGCCCCGUUCAGUGCGCAUACCAUGGUAUAAUAAUCCAGUGUCGUGUAUUAUCCAGAACGAUGAGGAGUACGACACGCCUGCACUUUUUUUUGAUCCAUCGCUGAACCCAAUACCUCACUUUAUUGAUAAUAAUUCAUCCCUCAACGUAUCAAAUACAAAGGAAAACGGUGAUUUCACUUUACCUGAAGAUUUUGCACCUCUUUUGGCUGAAGAAGAAGAACUUAUUUUGCCAAAUACAAAAGAUGCGAUGUCGUUAUAUCAUUCACCUUUUCCAUUUAAUAGAACUAAAGGAAAAAUGGUGAGAGCACAAGAUGUUGCCCUGGCUAAAAAAUGGUUUUUGCAACAUCCUGACGAGGAGUAUCCCGUUAAAGUUAAGGUCUCUUACCAAAAGCUCUUGAAGAACUACGUGCUAAAUGAAUUGCACCCUACUUUGCCAACAAACCACAACAAAACUAAGUUAUUGAAGAGUUUAAAAAAUACCAAGUAUUUUCAACAAACUACAAUUGAUUGGGUAGAGGCAGGACUCCAGCUAUGUCGACAAGGACACAAUAUGUUAAAUUUAUUAAUCCACAGAAAGGGCCUAACUUAUUUACAUCUCGACUACAAUUUCAAUUUAAAACCAACUAAAACCUUAACCACAAAAGAACGUAAAAAGUCAAGACUUGGAAACUCAUUUCAUUUGAUGCGUGAAUUGCUAAAAAUGAUGAAACUGAUUGUAGAUACACAUGUGCAGUUUAGGUUAGGAAAUGUAGAUGCCUUCCAGUUAGCAGAUGGUAUACAUUAUAUUUUGAACCACAUAGGACAAUUGACCGGUAUUUAUCGUUAUAAAUAUAAAGUAAUGCAUCAAAUCCGCGCAUGUAAAGAUCUGAAACAUAUCAUAUAUUAUAAGUUUAAUAAAAAUUUGGGAAAAGGACCUGGUUGUGGAUUUUGGCAACCUGCGUGGAGAGUGUGGCUAAAUUUCUUAAGAGGCACUAUACCACUACUCGAAAGAUAUAUUGGAAACCUUAUCACACGUCAAUUUGAAGGCCGUUCUAAUGAAAUUGUCAAAACUACAACUAAACAAAGACUUGACGCCUACUACGAUCUUGAGUUACGAAACUCGGUCAUGGAUGACAUUUUAGAAAUGAUGCCUGAGAGUAUUCGACAGAAAAAGGCAAGAACUAUACUGCAACAUUUAAGUGAGGCUUGGAGAUGUUGGAAGGCUAAUAUUCCAUGGGAUGUUCCUGGUAUGCCAGCCCCAAUCAAAAAAAUAAUUGAACGGUAUAUAAAAUCCAAAGCUGAUGCCUGGGUAUCUGCAGCUCAUUACAAUCGAGAACGUAUAAAGCGUGGAGCUCACGUCGAAAAGACUAUGGUUAAAAAAAAUCUGGGGCGUUUAACGAGACUUUGGAUCAAAAAUGAGCAGGAACGUCAAAGGCAAAUACAGAAAAACGGUCCCGAAAUUACUCCCGAAGAGGCUACGACCAUAUUUUCUGUUAUGGUUGAGUGGCUUGAAUCAAGGAGCUUUUCACCAAUACCAUUUCCACCUUUAACUUACAAAAAUGAUACUAAGAUAUUAGUUCUUGCCCUCGAAGACCUAAAAGAUGUCUACGCAUCAAAAGUACGUUUAAAUGCAUCUGAAAGGGAAGAACUUGCGUUGAUAGAGGAGGCUUAUGAUAAUCCUCACGAUACUUUGAACAGAAUCAAAAAGUACUUGUUGACCCAGCGAGUUUUUAAGCCUGUUGAUAUAACCAUGAUGGAAAACUAUCAAAACAUUUCCCCUGUUUAUUCAGUUGAUCCCUUGGAAAAGAUUACCGAUGCAUAUCUUGAUCAGUAUUUAUGGUACGAAGCUGACCAACGAAAGCUUUUCCCAAACUGGAUUAAACCAAGUGAUUCAGAGAUACCACCUCUUCUGGUAUACAAGUGGACUCAGGGUAUAAACAACCUAUCUGAAAUUUGGGAUGUAUCCAGAGGCCAAUCUGCAGUUUUGCUUGAGACUACUUUGGGUGAAAUGGCCGAAAAAAUUGACUUUACUUUACUUAAUAGAUUACUUCGCCUGAUUGUAGAUCCUAAUAUUGCUGACUAUAUCACUGCAAAAAAUAAUGUUGUUAUCAACUUUAAAGAUAUGAGUCACGUCAACAAAUAUGGCUUAAUACGCGGGUUGAAGUUCGCUUCUUUCAUAUUCCAAUAUUACGGACUAGUUAUAGAUCUUUUACUAUUGGGUCAGGAAAGGGCUACAGAUUUGGCUGGUCCAGCUAACAAUCCAAAUGAAUUUAUGCAAUUCAAGAGCAAAGAAGUAGAAAAGGCACAUCCGAUCAGACUUUACACCAGAUAUUUAGAUCGUAUAUAUAUGCUUUUUCACUUUGAAGAAGAUGAGGGAGAGGAAUUGACUGAUGAAUACUUGGCAGAGAAUCCAGAUCCAAACUUUGAAAACAGCAUCGGAUACAAUAAUAGAAAAUGCUGGCCCAAAGAUUCGCGCAUGAGGCUAAUACGUCAGGACGUUAACCUAGGGCGAGCAGUGUUUUGGGAAAUUCAAAGUAGGGUGCCAACUUCGUUAACGUCAAUUAAAUGGGAAAAUGCUUUUGUUUCCGUAUACAGUAAAAACAAUCCGAACUUACUCUUCUCUAUGUGUGGUUUUGAAGUCAGAAUAUUACCAAGACAAAGAAUGGAAGAGGUGGUUUCUAACGAUGAAGGUGUUUGGGAUUUAGUUGACGAAAGAACCAAGCAAAGAACUGCAAAAGCAUAUUUAAAGGUAUCUGAAGAAGAAAUCAAAAAAUUUGACAGCAGAAUAAGAGGCAUAUUGAUGGCCUCCGGUUCAACCACUUUUACUAAAGUGGCCGCUAAAUGGAACACUUCACUGAUAUCCCUUUUCACAUACUUUAGAGAAGCCAUUGUUGCCACGGAGCCGUUAUUAGAUAUCCUGGUGAAAGGAGAAACAAGAAUUCAAAACCGUGUCAAACUUGGUUUAAAUUCGAAAAUGCCAACAAGAUUUCCACCUGCUGUUUUUUAUACACCAAAAGAACUUGGUGGGUUGGGUAUGAUUAGUGCUUCUCAUAUUUUAAUUCCUGCAUCUGACUUAAGUUGGUCAAAACAGACCGAUACUGGAAUUACGCAUUUUCGUGCUGGUAUGACGCACGAGGAUGAAAAAUUAAUCCCAACUAUCUUCCGUUACAUCACUACUUGGGAAAAUGAAUUUUUAGACUCUCAAAGGGUGUGGGCCGAGUAUGCAACGAAAAGGCAGGAAGCUAUUCAGCAGAAUAGGAGGUUAGCUUUUGAAGAACUUGAAGGAUCGUGGGAUCGUGGUAUACCUCGUAUUAGCACUUUAUUUCAAAGAGAUCGACAUACUCUAGCGUAUGACAGAGGUCACAGAAUCCGUAGGGAAUUUAAACAGUACUCUCUAGAGAGAAACAGCCCCUUUUGGUGGACAAACUCCCACCAUGACGGUAAAUUAUGGAAUUUAAAUGCCUAUAGAACUGAUGUGAUUCAAGCCCUAGGAGGUAUUGAAACAAUUUUGGAACACACUUUAUUUAAGGGGACUGGUUUUAAUUCAUGGGAAGGUUUGUUUUGGGAAAAGGCGUCCGGGUUUGAGGAUUCCAUGCAAUUUAAGAAGCUAACUCAUGCUCAAAGAACUGGUUUAAGCCAAAUUCCAAAUCGUAGAUUUACCUUAUGGUGGUCACCAACUAUUAACAGAGCAAAUGUCUAUGUCGGUUUCUUGGUGCAAUUGGAUCUGACUGGUAUCUUCCUCCAUGGUAAAAUUCCUACGUUAAAAAUAUCUUUAAUUCAAAUAUUCCGUGCUCAUUUGUGGCAAAAAAUACAUGAAAGUAUAGUUUUUGAUAUUUGUCAAAUUCUCGAUGGUGAGCUAGAUGUUUUGCAAAUUGAAUCUGUGACUAAAGAAACAGUGCAUCCCCGCAAAUCGUACAAGAUGAAUUCAUCUGCCGCUGACAUAACUAUGGAAAGUGUUCAUGAAUGGGAAGUUUCAAAACCCUCCCUAUUACAUGAAACAAAUGACUCAUUUAAGGGAUUGAUUACCAACAAAAUGUGGUUUGAUGUACAAUUGAGAUACGGUGAUUAUGAUUCUCAUGAUAUAUCUCGUUAUGUGAGGGCAAAAUUCCUCGAUUAUACAACAGAUAAUGUCAGCAUGUAUCCCUCCCCAACAGGUGUUAUGAUCGGUAUCGAUUUGGCUUAUAACAUGUAUGAUGCCUAUGGUAAUUGGUUCAACGGAUUAAAACCUUUGAUACAAAAUAGUAUGAGAACAAUUAUGAAAGCUAACCCAGCAUUAUAUGUCCUUCGUGAACGUAUUAGAAAAGGUCUUCAAAUAUAUCAAUCUAGUGUACAGGAACCAUUUUUAAACUCCUCAAACUAUGCCGAGUUAUUCAAUAACGACAUUAAACUCUUCGUUGACGACACUAAUGUGUAUAGAGUUACUGUCCACAAGACUUUUGAAGGGAACGUUGCUACAAAAGCAAUUAAUGGUUGCAUUUUCACUUUAAAUCCAAAGACUGGGCAUCUGUUUCUGAAAAUUAUCCAUACCUCUGUAUGGGCCGGUCAAAAACGUUUAAGCCAAUUGGCCAAAUGGAAAACAGCUGAGGAAGUUAGUGCUCUUGUGAGAUCUUUGCCCAAAGAAGAGCAGCCAAAACAAAUUAUCGUCACAAGAAAGGCAAUGCUUGAUCCUUUAGAGGUUCACAUGCUUGACUUUCCUAACAUAGCAAUCAGGCCAACAGAGCUGCGACUACCAUUUUCAGCUGCAAUGUCAAUAGAUAAACUUUCUGAUGUUGUGAUGAAAGCUACUGAACCUCAGAUGGUUCUGUUUAACAUUUAUGAUGAUUGGUUAGACCGUAUUUCAUCGUACACUGCAUUUUCUAGACUUACACUACUUUUAAGAGCUUUAAAGACGAACGAGGAAAGUGCCAAAAUGAUUCUACUCAGUGACCCCACGAUCACUAUCAAAUCGUACCAUUUAUGGCCUUCAUUCACUGAUGAACAAUGGAUCACUAUCGAAUCUCAAAUGAGAGAUUUGAUUUUGACUGAGUACGGCAGAAAAUACAAUGUCAAUAUAUCUGCCUUAACUCAAACGGAAAUUAAAGAUAUUAUAUUGGGUCAAAAUAUCAAGGCACCAUCUGUGAAGAGACAAAAAAUGGCUGAAUUAGAAGCUGCCAGGUCAGAAAAGCAGAACGACGAAGAAGCUGCAGGUGCAUCAACUGUUAUGAAAACUAAAACUAUCAAUGCGCAAGGUGAGGAGAUAGUUGUAGUAGCUUCCGCUGAUUACGAAAGUCAAACGUUUAGUUCAAAGAAUGAAUGGAGAAAAUCUGCAAUUGCUAAUACACUAUUAUAUUUGAGGUUAAAAAACAUUUAUGUUUCGGCUGAUGAUUUCGUGGAGGAACAGAAUGUUUACGUCCUUCCAAAAAAUUUAUUAAAGAAGUUUAUUGAGAUAUCCGAUGUGAAAAUCCAGGUGGCGGCCUUUAUUUAUGGUAUGUCAGCAAAAGAUCAUCCGAAGGUGAAAGAAAUCAAGACUGUUGUGCUGGUACCUCAAUUAGGCCACGUAGGAUCCGUUCAGAUAAGCAACAUCCCUGACAUCGGAGACCUUCCGGAUACUGAAGGCCUUGAACUACUCGGUUGGAUCCAUACCCAGACAGAAGAACUUAAAUUCAUGGCUGCGUCUGAAGUAGCAACUCAUUCUAAACUUUUUGCGGAUAAGAAAAGAGACUGCAUUGAUAUUUCAAUUUUUUCCACCCCGGGAUCAGUAUCAUUAAGCGCUUAUAACCUGACCGACGAAGGUUACCAAUGGGGUGAAGAAAAUAAGGAUAUAAUGAACGUGCUAUCGGAAGGGUUUGAGCCUACUUUCAGCACGCAUGCCCAAUUACUUCUCUCUGACCGUAUCACAGGUAAUUUUAUAAUUCCAUCUGGAAACGUUUGGAACUACACAUUUAUGGGAACAGCAUUUAACCAAGAAGGUGACUACAAUUUUAAAUACGGCAUUCCUUUGGAAUUCUAUAAUGAGAUGCAUCGUCCAGUACACUUUUUACAGUUUAGCGAAUUGGCGGGGGACGAAGAGUUAGAGGCCGAACAAAUCGAUGUAUUUAGCUGA